AUGGCUCAAUUGCUGCAGGAAAAUCAGCAAGUGCCUUCAUCGCUGAAAACACAGCCAAAUGAUACAGGCUCUCACUACGACACAUCCUCCAACACAGCGGAGCUUCACGGCAUACUGAAGGCACUCCGUUUUAUCAAGAGAUCCGUACAUAAAAGUUGGCUAAUAUGCACCGACUCCAAAUCAGCCCUACAGGCCAUCACCAAACAGUGUGACAACAACUUUUUGGUUUAUAAAAUUCUUGUCACCAUCCAAGAUGUCAUACAAAAUAGACAUAAUGUAACUCUACAGUGGAUCCCCUCCCACUGCGGAAUUCAAGGCAACAAGGCUGCCGACAAGGCAGCAAAAGCAGCAGUGCAGAAGACCAAGCUUAGUGCCAUACCCUUCUCAAAGGCCGACAGCAAAAUCCACCUGAAGGACACAAUUCAAAAACUCACUAGAAACCUCUGGAAGGCAUCUCUACAGCCCGCAAAUUACCUCUCUACAAUAGAUCCCGGUCUGACAAGAAAUAUCCCUGUCAGCAUAGACGCAACUAUUCAAACAGCUAUUCACAGGACCCGACUGGGACAACCAUGUACAAGAAAAACACUUCACAAAAUGAAGCUAGCAAACUCGUCACUCUGCAGAACUUGCAACGUCCCUGAAGAUACGCAUCACGUCAUAAUGUUUGAGAGACAUAGAAGAAAACUUCAAACGACACUGGAAAAACUUGACAACCGUCCAUUCAGCUUCUACAAGAUUCUUGUAUCUUGGCCCAGCCCUCAACAACAAGACGAGACCAUGAAAGCCUUAUGUGCAUUCUUGAAGAAUAGCGGCAUAUCGAGCCGCUACUAA